CCUAGCAUCAAACAGCCCCUCUGUAACUCGUUCUAUUCGCUACGAACAUCUUUAGGAGGAGUUACAUCGACUCUUGUACUGCAUCCACUCGACCUGAUAAAAAUUAGGUUUCAAGGUAAGAUACUAGGAAUAACUUGGUUUUGUGUAACGUGCAAAUGCUUAAGCAACAGAAAACGUUUUCCGUGUUUGCAUAGCCUGAUAUUAACACGAGAGGGGUUGAGAGAAUUCGAGACAGUUAUCAGGAAUAUCCCUAAAUUUAAGGACAGGGCCAACUGGUCACACGACACUUUUCAGCCAAUGAGAAGGCGCGCUUGUGUUUGUCAACAAACAAAUCAAAACAUCGCCCCAGUGAUCAAAAAUUUUCAAAACAACGGACGGAGUCGGACAGAAUCAGUCAUCGUUUCGAGGCUCUCAGGCAUUUUUUUAAGACUUUUCAUGAGGCAUACACAAUUUUGUUAAGUGGACAGCGUAUCGCAAGCCAUAAUUAUUGGAAGAGUGUCGUGAAAUAUUCAGCACAUUUUGUGGCUUAUUUCUUCUUUUAAACAACGCGAUGCAUAGGCGAGAUUUUGGUCGAUUUUCAAGGUAGGUGAACAAGUAUCUAUUAUUUUUUUGAUUCACAGAUUUUUUACGAAGUUCUAGACAUUUUUCCUCGAUUGUCACUUCGAUUAGCUUUUAUCAUGUUGAAUGUGGGGAUGGUAGACAACCUAGACUUUUGGUAAACAAUUUUUGAAUUCCGAGGUCCAAAACACGUAUGUUUUCCACUCCCAGGUUUCUCACAGAGCAGUGUUAUUACGUUAUUACUUUUUUUUCGCAUUGGUACGAGCCUUUGCCUUUUUUCUUUUCAAGGCCAAAACAACUUUAUUAGUCUUAUGGAUAUUCACGUCCAACAUCUCGCCUCACUUGCCGAAUUUGCGGGAAUGAAAUUGAAGAUCAUAAGCGCAAGGUAGAUACUAACCGCUUUGUUUUUGAAAUUCACCAAAUCUGGAAAGAUUUAAUGUUGUUGGAUUCUCCAAAUGUUCAUCACCGUUAAAAAACAAUCAAAGAAAGAAUGUAUUUCGCUACUCAUUGAACAUGCACUGAUUAUCUGCGAUAAAAUUAAAACAUUGCAGGUACUACAGCAAGCAAAGAAAGCAGCAGAUGCGUGAAGUCAACACGAAACAACACAAAAAAACAAACAAGAAAAAUUAAUAAAUUUUAACUACUUUUUAUUCUUGUUAUGAUGACUGGUUCUUUGAUUCUUGUCCUGUAGAAGUUAAUAGGUAGUACCAAUCCUGUUUUGUACGAUCUCAACAAAUUUUCACACUCUCUCUAAGGCUAUUUUUACACCAGACCAGUUUGCUUCUAUCAAAAAUCUUGCUUGCCAUGCCAGUGGAGCCACGACCUCUGCGAUCAGUCCGGAAUCAGUUCGAACACCCCAAUGAUUCCUUGCAACAAUGCUCUUAUUCUCUUACAUGAAAUGUUUUCUUUGAAAUAUUAAAUGUGAAACCUAGACGAGUCCUGUAAGCUCAUCUUUAAUUCUGUCCGACUCCGUCCGCUGUUUUGAAAAUUUUGGAUCACUGGGGCGAUGUUUUGAUUUGUUUGUUGAUAAACACAAGCGCGCCUUCUCAUUGGUUGAAAAGUGUCGCGUGACCAGUUGGCCCUGUCCUUAAAUUUAGGGAUAUUCCGGACUGGUUAUGCAAACCCGAGACGAAGUCGAGGGUUUGCAUAACUGUCUCGAAUUCUCCCAAUCCCUCGAGUGUUUAUAUCAGGCUAUGCAAACACAGGAAAAAAGUUUUCUAUUGCUUUUAUAAAAUAACUCUCCCGAGAAAAAAACGCAAACUCUUUGUUACGGUUCUGAUUAAAAGAGAAAUUCUUACCAAUGGCAAAGUCUUAUACACGAAGUCUUGCAUGCGUAAUCAGUUCUUGUUUUGCAAAAAGAUGCUUUCCAAUAUACGGAUUUUUCUCGCUUAAAAUGUCAGCUUAAGCAAAAAAGAAAUUGACACACCUUCUUUGUAAUGAUUUUCCAAGUUUUAGCCGACGAAGGAACGGGUAAAUAAAGUAAACUUGUCGAGUUUUGAACUUGAAAACUUUUUCAAAUUAAUUUGUGCUUACGUGAUUAGUGCACGAAAAGCAAAACAUUUUGAUGCCACAACCAUGUUUACAUACUCUCAUGCAAACACUCCUCUUGGCCAAUCAGAGAGCGCGUACUAUCUUAGUUAUUUUAUAAAUUGCAAUGUUAAAUGUAAUGCUAUAUGCAACUAGCCAUGUGGCGUGAAUGUCAAAACUAUGGCAUGAAAUAAAUCAGAAAGCGAAAAAGGCUAAUAAGGUUCGGACACUUCUUCAUGUAUAUUUAAGACGUACACGUACUUAUUUGUCCAAAAAGGUCAACUUCAGUUGGAUUUUGCCUUUCCUCAUGAUUAAAAAGAUAUGCUGGACUCUUCUUUCAGACGAAAAAUCAAGUCCUAACAAUGGCCAUUUUUAGAGGUUCCUCAUUAACAUUCCUAAUCCUGCCAUUGCAGUAAUUAUCUUCAUUAAUCCCAUUUUCCUGACAAUUGUUAUUGACUAAUCCCCGUCCUGAAAUUACGUACAAAAACGUGCCUUAUAGGAGUUCCAGACUUCCUCAUCUUAGAAGAAUCAGUCAAUCAUACAUGUAAAUGUAGUGGGAUAAAAGGGUGGUAGACUGCAUGAUCAAAAUAGGUGUGCGAUAGGGUCAAGAAAAAUGUGGUUAAUGAUGAGCAUGAUGUACAUGUCAUAAGCUUGCGCCAGGGGUAGGACCCUGGGCAAACCAGGGGAGAAAUGGUGGGUUUAGUAGAGGAUGGGUUGGAUUGUUUGCCCUAAGUGAGGGGAAAAUUCAAGACGUUAUUUUUAGGUUUGAAUGAAGUGGUGGUGGAAAUUGACAUUUUGUAAAAUUUUGAAAGGCAACCAGGUGAACAUCAUGAGAAUUUAACACCUUCCCCAACCCAUAAUUUGGCAAUUAGUGAUAAUACAGGUCAUAUAAGUAGACCCCGGCCUGGGUGAAUCUGUCUGAAGGUUUUCUUUUAUGAUUUUUUAAAUGAAAAAUAUUACCUUGCUUCCCCGAGCAUAAAAUAAAUGAGUCAAAUUUGAUCGCCAACUGUUAUAGCUUGCGUAACUGGAGGGACCAAAGUUUAAAAGUGCUCCUUGAUGUCCCUGCAUGUGGCUUUUCCCAAUCCCCAUUCUUCUUAUAGUUUUAUAGGCUAAUAACCACAGGUUCUUUUAUAACUGUCAUGAGUACUAAAUCCCACCAGCUACACAGGCAUAAUAAUGUUCUCUCUCAAUUAAAAGAAACCCAUUUAUGAGGUGGUUAUUAUGGGGUUUUUCAUUGAGGAGCACUUGAGCCUUGGAGGCAAUUUUAUUCUUAAAUUUGUUCCACCCAUUUUUCAAUCCGCCUCAUUGACACGGGGUGCGUCCUAUCCUACUUGCAAGCUGAUGACAUGACUCUGUAUAAUGAUGAGUUAGAAAAUAGAAAAUUGAUAGGCUACUGUAGAAAAGAGAAGAGGAAAACAGGCCUUGUAUUUCUGCAGAUCAUCUUUAUUAGAACUAUGUUUAAUAUUUCCUUCAAGAGUUAAGAACUGGUCCCAAUGUACGGGUUUUUUUACAUGUUGCUCAUAUGGUAAAGCAUUGCAGCACUAUACAUGUAAAUAGAGUGGUCAUGGGUUCGAAUUCCAUUGAAGCCUUGAAAUUUUUAGGCUUAAUUAGCAAUUGUUAUUUGCAUUUAAGAAAAAGACCUUAUAAAAGCAUGCCUUACAUAAUUUUGUUAAUGCAUCUAGUUUCACACAAUAGCUUUAUUUAUUAUAUGAAUGUUUUUGUUAUGAGUUACAGUGUAAUGAUGGCAGUGGCAAGUUGCCAGUGUACAGAGGUCUAGUUGAUGCAGUGCAGUCCAUUGUCGGAACAGGGGGUUUAAAGGGGUUGUACCAGGUUAGUACAUUCACAACAUACUUAACCCUUAGUUAAGUGAUUUGUUUGGUCGUUUUUGUGCCUCAUGGAGCAAUGCAGAUUAUUUAUUUAUCUUUCAGUUUAAAGGACUGAGUUAGUAAGCUUAGCAGUGUGUUCAGGGAGGACAGAUCUACGUCAUUUUGGGAACAAUCCUUCCAUAGAACUUUACGCACAAAACUUCACAUGCUUUGGGUACUAGAAAUCCACCUCUUAUUACACCAUUCACUACUACUUUUUCCUGAUAAGAUUUCUCCUGUUCCCGGAAAGUAAGCCAGCUAAUAUUUAUACUUAUUGUUACGGCGUUUUCUCUUUUUUUUUCUCCUAGUAGCUUAAAGCCUGGCUCAGUGAAAAAAAAAUAAAUAAAAAAAUAGCAAGAAAUAAAAAAAAGGACAAAAAAAUUAAAGGAAUGAGUACAAGUUCCUUUUUUUUUUUACUUCAGGGUGUGACACCGAAAGUAUGGGGUUAUAAGUCUGCAAGGGGACUCUACUUUUUCAGGUAAGUGAUUACAACAGUGAACAAAACAAUAUUUUGUAUACAAUUCAUAUUUUAAACCUUCAUUGGAAUUCAUGUAUUUAAAUACACAUUGCUGGGAGUAGCUGUAGAACAGCUAUGAAGGUUCUUUUCUUUCUAUUUUCUUCUCUCCUAUCUGUUUGAGUUCCUACUGGUGCUAUUUUCUUCUCUCCUAGGAAAUUUGUACAUUAAUAUUUUGUACAUUUUGUGUACAGUCAAACCUCUCCACAAUGGCCACCUUGGGGACAGAAGAAAGUGGCCCUUGUUGAGAGGUGGCCGUUAUGGGGAGGCCUGUGGGAAUUGCAAUAUGACAAUUUUUUUUUUUGAGGGAGCACAACAUGUUUACAGUGUUAUGUUCGUGCUCACUGUCCCAUAAUGAUAAUCCAGUCAUAUAUAACAUAUAGCGAUAGAAAUAUACACCAAAAAAUUGAAAAAAUUUGUGAAUGAAAAUGUUAACGAGACAAAACUGCAAGGUUCACAACAUUUGCUUAAGUACGUUUGUAUCGUAGCUAUUAACAUGCUUACGGCAGCAGUAUAAAUGGGGCAUGUUUAAAACUCGAAAUGGCAAAAUGACUAAAAGUAUUUACAAAUAAUACAUAUUUUUCUUUGGUCGGUUUUCCUCCCUACUAUUCGGUCGGUGGAGUUACCACGCGUUUUGUUGACCCGAGUUCUACACCAUUGCGCAGCCAUAAGAUUUGAAGGCUUGUUAUCACGCGCCGUGUGCGCACGCAAGCUCAUCAUACGCGCCGAAAAUAGCUCUUCUGUGGGGAAAUUAACUGCAGUGUCAUCAGAGACGUAGAUGUGGCGGAGCGUAUUACAAAGAAAAGCUACCGUCAACUUUAACGCACGUGAGGAUGAAGAAGUAUAAGUCCAAAGUCAAAAAUUGCUAAUAGUUCUACAAAUAAACAGGGUAUAUAAUUUCGUGUGAGUCUAUCCUGAAUAUAAACAGGGUAUUGCCUGAUCUGAUUUGCUUAAUGAAAUUUAUUUGCAAACAAAAGCAAUAACUGUAACGUGAAAUUUGCUCUAUUGCAAUUGCCAAUAAAUGGCUUUAAAACAAGACGGCGUGUAGAAACUGACAAAACCGAGAUGUCCCUGGGGAGAGGAGAGAUCCUUAGUACGAGAAAGAACAAGUGACUGCGAUAACGGCGAUGGCACAACAAGAUUUGUGAGGUCUUGCAUCAGCAUGCUGAGCAGGUUUUGCCGGUUCAUGGAAGGCAAAGACAUAACAACUGGACACGACAAAAUAGAGGAAGUCAUUUGUUUUUACUCUUUAGGAAAGUCAUUUCGCCAUUUCGCUAUUUCGUCAUUUCGUUUUUUAAACACGCCCGUGUAAAUGAAACACAAUCAAAAUAUGAUUGCCGCGAUUUAUCAUCAAAGUGCCGUAUGGAUCAACUUUUAUGACCAUUCUUGACUUUUUCAUCAGUCGCUAAAAUAUAGAAGUAUGUUAAGAGUAUCAUGGACGGAACAUAAAACCAAUGAAGAAGUUUUAAAGAUGGCAAAUACAACAAGGUCAUCAUUACCAAUAAUAAAGAAAAGAAAAUGCCAGUAUUUUGGACACGUAAUAAGAGCGAGGUCGAUCAGGCUAAACAUCGGGUCCGGUAUCCUCAGUUAAAGACUUAGGCAUUACACUGGACUCAAUACCUCAAUUUUAAUGAUCAUGUAUACACGUUAACAUCGUCUCUCCUGUCGCCGUUAUAUCAGAUUAGUAGGGUGAGGCACCUUUUUACUAAACCUGUCUUGUCAACUGUUUUGAAUUCUCUUAUUUUUAGUAAACCUUUUUACUGUUCCACUGUCUGGGCAGGCACCUCUAAGCAAAAUCUACAGAAGUUACAAUAUUAUCAGUGCAAAACUUCCCCGCCCGCGUAUUAACAGAUACUAAAAAGUUUGAUCACAUCUCGCCUGUUCUUCGGGAAUUAGGAUGGCCCUCCAUCAAAGAUCAGCUAUUAGUCCGUGAUACUACGCAACAAAUACAAAACAAAAUUAAACAAAAUUGUUAAUAGCCUCGCUCCGUUGUACUUGCGUAGUUAACUCAGUAAGCGAUUAGACGCACACAACUACAACACGAGGAAAAAGAGACAAUGUAAAUCUCCCUCUGUGCAAAGCAGUUACUGCACAACGGUCAUUUUACUAUCGCGCUCUAAGUGCCUCGAACUCUCUGACUGCAGACACUAGAAACAGCCCAUUCACUAUGUACCUUUAAGAGGAGCGUCAAACGCGAAUUGCGGGAGCAGACCCCAUACGUUAAAUAGUUAAUAUUUGAUUUAGUUUAGAUCUCCAAAGAGAUGACGUAAUUGUAUGCGCAUAGUUUAGGCUUUUAGUUUUGUACCAAGAUUGUAAUCAAUUUACGCUUUUUCUUCUUAUCCCCUUCUUUUUUAGCAUUUGUAAAUUCACUUCAGAAUAGCCCUUUGGGAGAGUUAAUAAAAUUUUUUGUAUUGCAUUGUAUUAUAAAACAGGAAUCAAGUUCAAACCAAACUCCUCUGCCCCCUUACACAGUGUCAUCCCUAAUUGUCUGUCUGUGAUGAUUUAUACACAGGGCUGAGAGGAUUGGGUAUCCAUCUAAUAAGUUAAGUUGAUGUAUUUUCCUCCCUUUCAGGAACUGGAACACUAACAGUGACAAAUCCAAUAUGUGUUAUAAGGACGCACCUCUGUCUUCAGUACACUGGUUCACCAGCUGCCGUUACUCAAGCACCGCAAUACAAAGGGAUGAUUGGUAAGAAAACUUGGCCAACUGAACUUUCGCAAAGACUUUUGGGACGGUUACUAGGGACAGGGAAAAAAUUGGCCAAUAGCUGACUGGCGCUUCCCCAGUAACAAUCCCAGAAACAAUUGCGGGACGCAAUUUCGGUUCCAGUUCUCUAGUCGUUUCUAAAGUGGUGAAUGGGCAAACCGGUCGGUUCACGUGUUGGGUGAAUGGUUUGAAAAAUUCAGGCGUAGUAAAUUUCAUUCCGGAAUACGGUUUACUAUUUGUUUUACAAAUCAGUUCCACUUACCGAAAAACAACCGCGAAGGCCUGAAACUGGUAUCAAAGAUAAGUUUUAACAAAUGGAGCACGAAUCUCCGUUUGGGUAGAUUGCGAGCAGUCUCUUAUUUUUCGUUGCAAAGUUUAUUGUAAUAAUAACGUCGUGGUUUGCAAUCGCGCUGGAUGAGAUAAGAACUAGACGGAUUUUAGGAGAAAAGGCGGCCUGCAAGCAGUCUACUGUUUGGAAUAAUUUAUUUCGUCCGGAAAAACAGGGCCACCUUUUCAGAUGUUCCGUUACUCUCGGAAAUUUUCCAAUAAAGGGACACGGAAAGCCGUUUUCCAUUUACUUGUUGUAGUGGUAAAAGAACGAGUUCCUCCUAUUACAGUUAUUUGUCUGACACAAUGUCUGUGUGACCUUGAUUUAGAGAGCCAUAGAUCAUACAUGUAUUUGUGUUUAUUAUAAAAUCAUUUCGUAAUUCUUACUUUUUAGAUGCCCUUUUUAAACUUUGGAGACACGAGGGACUCCGAGGAUUAUACAAAGUAAGUCAGUUGCCAUGCUAUGUAAUGUUGCUUGACGUAAACGGCGUCCUCAGUAUGACGACAUUUACGCAAUCACGGUGAAUAGGGCAACAAGAACGUUUAGAAACAAUUACAGGUUUUACGGUGGAAAAAGCAACAACUCUGCACAGUUUCUUGAACAUUUCUUUGCCGCUACCGCACGACUAUGACAUGAAAAGUGCCUAAUUUCACGUUUUGUGAGGGCCGUAAACGAGUGAUGACGAUUUUAUUUUUUCUGUUGUUUUAUCUUAAAUUCACGCGGUCGUCGUUGCUAAAGCUUCUGAUGUUUGGUUCUAGUUUUCCAAGCGUCGGAUAGCGCUAUCCACCAGAUAAAUCAUUAUCUAGACUGUUCACAGUCCCCUAUUUUUUUGUGAGAUCGUUUAGAUAUACCGCGUCUUACCGUCACAGCUAUCUUGUUUUUCAAAUGUACCGAGGGGGCGGGCGUCCGGUGUUAAGUAGUUUUUGACACUCAUGCAAGAUGGCAGCCCGUAACGCAAAGCGCUUGAUCUCGAUGAUCUUACGGAAAAAUAGAGGACUGUGAACAGUCUAAUCAUUAUCCAGUAAAUGAGUGUGAGGAAAACUAAUUCCGCCAUCCAGUGGGUAAGGAUUUUUCCGGUGGAUAGUGUUAUCAACCUUAGGAAAGAAACUGGGGCCUGGUGGAUAGCGUUAUCGACCUUUUGAGCAACUAGAGCCUGAUUCAGUGCAAAUGGUGCAAAUUACAAAAUUAGUCCACUUGAAAUGUUUUAGCGCGAUGAAUGUCAGCUACAUGUACACAGUAUUUUGUUCAAUAGGGUUACGUCCCCGGACUGUUUGGUGUGUCACAUGGUGCUCUACAGUUCAUGGCUUAUGAAGAACUUAAGAAAGGCUACAGUCAUUACUUUGGUACACCAAUCAAUAAAAAAUUGGUAAGUUAACAAGUCAGUCUCAAGUGGUUGUUCACAUUGAUCAUAACUUACGUUUCGUUCACGAGCCAGGAUGUACACUUGUCAGUACAGAAACUAUAGAUUUUCAUUAUCACAACAGGAUGUGAUUGUAUAAUUACCUAGCAUGCUGUUUUUGCAUUCUCUGCUUGAGAGGGUUUUUCUGUUUGUUGCUGCUUAUUUUAAGAAUGUGAAGAUUUCGCAGUUUGCUAGGAAAAGUGAUACCGACCUAGUAUAAGCUAUAUACUGUUAAAUUGUACGGCUUAGAUUGUAAAGGGUAUGGCUGUUGACCCCUUUUUAGAGUGAAACAGAGUAAGCUUUUCCUCUCUCAAACAAGACUCUUGAAUAUGUUAUGUUCCUUUCUAUCACUCGUCUCUUGAAAGUUGACGUAAGGCAGGGCAAAUCACGUAUUUUGGUCUUAGGCAGGGUUAGGCUUUCAGGAAGCAUGCUGCACACUCCCACUGUAAUUUUCAAAAGUAUCCCCUUCCCCGCUGGAACAGUGCCUUUUUUUUCCGUAAAGGGCACAUCGUCACGAGAAAAAUUGUGACGGUUCACUCGCUGAUGUAUAUGAUACAUGUAACCUUUGAACACCAAGAACAUGAUUGAUUUUUCUUAAAUAGCACUGCUAAAUUUUAAAACAUUGGUCCCCUCUUUACCGACCAGUCAACUUAAAAGAUUCCUAAAUAUUGACUCUGGCAUGUCUGGAUAGGCUACCAGCAGUCUCUCUCUCUGCCAGAAUUAAUGGAGCUGUUCACUUAUACUAACAGGUCAUUGAAUAAUAAGAAAACUGUUAAAGCCCUUCUUCAAGGUGUGAGCAAACCACAGUCAGUGGUUUUUGAGCCCUGUCAAACUAAAACCAUCGGCCCAGCCUUUUGAUAUUCUCCUUCUAUCUCGACCUAUCUUUAGCUUAAGACACACCUGUUAGUGAAUUUUGUGUUUUUACGAGAAGGUGGGCUGACCCGCUUGCCGAGAUCUCGGCUCGAGCAACCGGGAUCUCGGCCUCGUCCUCUCAGAUGUAUUUAGCUGAACAGUUAGCUAACUGGGGGCACUUUCCUACGUGCUGGCUCACUAAUAUAUUGGAUGACUUUUAAAUUAAUGAUCUUAGCUAAAAUCUAAAACUAUAUGCAAAUGUCCACGACUCAAAAUUUACACAGGUCACAGCAGUUACUGUUAUUAUCUAUAUUGCUCGAAAGGUUCACACCGCGUAUAUGUUUCUUGAAUGCUUUGAGGCUUCUCAAGUUUCUGAGCUCGCUACUGACCUUUGACCAAAUGAAAGGUCCUUCGUACACUGUAGCGUAGGGAAUACCUCCCAUAGCCCACUAUAUCAAAGCGGGGUAGUUCACAGUUUCUUAGGCUUUGGUGUCUACUUUUGAUCGUGAAUAACUCAGAUACACACCUGUGAGCCACCCUGUAUUUUAUUUUAUACAUUAGUGUUGCAGUGUCUUGCAAACGCCUGUUAUAAGGCGUAGGCAGCUUGGCGCGAUUGAGGAGUCCCUCGUACGCCUCAGUUUGAGAUUUAUAUACUGCCCGAUUUUUCUGCUAUCGGGUGAUCUGCAGAUUUUCCAUACUGAAUGACAGUAAGUUAAUUAUGGCAAGAUGGACGUCUUGUAUGACAUUAAUUUCGCGCGCGUUACAAGGUAUAAGGUUUCGCAGACGUACAAGCUUUCCUACUUUUUGACUAGUUCUCGUACAUAACUCGCUAAUAUGACCCGAAAAGUUAAGAUUCUCGUCAAUUUAGACUCCUAGUAGUUUCAUUUGCUCUGUUUUCCUGAUGUCAUGAUUAUCAAUGUUCAAAGUUUUAUCGUCAUUCUCCGCAUCGAUAUUCCUGGGAUUGACGGUUAAGGACUGGACCGUCUACGGAUUAGCAAGUAGAGAGUUGUUUUUAUAUCAAGACUACGCUAAAACAGACCCUUAGUAUGCAUUGUUUCUUCCUCCUUUUAGAGUUCAACAGAGUACUUGAUAAUGGCAUCAUUAUCAAAGAUCUUCGCUGCCACUGCUACGUAUCCGUAUCAAGUAGUCAGAUCAAGACUUCAGGUAAACAGACCUCCUACUUUUUAUCUCUUAGUGUAAGGUUAUGUCCACAAGAUUAAUUCCAACAGGCACUUUUCAGCUAGUGAUUCACGUGGUACAAAACCACCAUGCUGGAGAGUAAGGGACACACUGAGACAAGACAAACAAGAGGCUCACUAGACUUUCUGAAUUCCGUUUCCGGUAUCUGCUUGUUCGGUGGUCAGUUGGCGCUCGUCUUGCGAUUUCUCUUUCGCUCGCUUCGCACAGUGGACUUGUGGCAAGUCUAAAUGUUCACAUCAUUUCCCUUUGUUUGUCUUCUCCCGGUGCGAUUCGUAAUGCUCUCCAGCAUUACCUUUUUUUGUACCACGUGAAUGGCUAGCUGCAAAGGGCCUAUUAAGUUAUAAUUAUGAACGCAUUCAAACUUACAGCUCUUUUUCUAUAGCGACAGAGUCUGGGUUAAAGUCGUAAGAGCAGUCGUUAAAACGCCUACAACCCAUCAAAACUCGGAGUCAUAAGCAGCGUCAAAAGAGCGAGGGAGUUGUAAUCAGGACGUUACCUUUUUGUUCCGACUCUACCCACUAUGAUAGCAGCAUGCCCAGCAACCCUUUGUAUCCUACUCUUCCCAAAACAAAAGAAAGCUCUGUGCGCCUCCGAGUUCCAAGCAGCCAACUCCCUAGAGGUUACUACCCAGCACUUUAAAUGUUGAUAUUGUAUACAGAAUUUAAAGUUUUUUACUCCUUUGGCUUUUUAAUUGGUUUGUUUUGUUGUGUUUUGUAGAAUCAAUACACGAUGGCCGAAUACAAUGGAGCAGUGGACGUUAUACGUAAAACUUUUAGGUGAGAUGAGGGACUCGCUUCGUCGAUUUUCUUUUUUGUUGAAAGCAGUUUUUGAAAGUGAAAUUUUCCAGCGCUCCAAGAUUUAUACCUUAAACAGUCGCCUUCUGACAUUAGCUUUUUUGUCGACUUUCUAGAUACGAAGGAGUGAGUGGAUUUUAUAAAGGAUUGGUUCCUAAUGUUCUCAGGUGA